UGUUUAUAUAUAGCUCCUUGCUGUAGCCUACCUCUGCCUGUAAUGUGGAAAUCACGUAAUGACUAAUGCAGAUCUGUUCGCAGAUCACUACAUGUCGUUUGACAAGCAACGUUAAUCCAAUGACGUAAUCCAAAAGAAGUAACCUGACGUCAAAGGUGAAUGUCUGCACAGAUAUAGUUUCAGUAGCCAUCACGUCUUGCAAGGGUCAUCAACAUGACAGCCCCACUGGGCAUCCAGGUGGUGGACAAAAUUUGCUGUAAAUGCCACAGCAAAAACGUUUGGUACAGAAGUUAUAUCUUGGUGUUCACUUUCUUGUGCUAUACUGCUUAUCACUUGUCAAGGAAGCCCAUUAGUAUUGUACAGAAUGUCCUUCAUGGAAAUUGCUCAGCCUUACCAGGCUUUAACAGUUCGGACCCUAACGCGUGCGACUGGGCACCAUUUGAUCACUCUAACUAUAUGGAACUGGAAGGAGCCUUAAACUAUGGAUAUCUCUUCUCGUAUGCGAUUGGCAUGUUCUUUGUGGGGCAUAUAGCUGAGCGGGUGACACUGCGAUACGUGCUCAGCUUUGGAAUGAUACUCAGUGGGAUCACUACAGUAUUGUUUGGACUAGGCCGCAUUUGGAAUAUCCACCUACUGACUUAUUACAUGGCUGUACAGAUUGCAGGCGGAAUUGUGCAGUCGACUGGCUGGCCAUGCGUGGUUACCUGUGUAGGAAAUUGGUUUGGAAAUGGACACCGAGGCCUGCUGUUUGGUGUCUGGAAUUCGCACACAUCGGUUGGCAACAUCCUGGGCUCCUUGAUAGCUGGAGUGUGGGUGGAGACCAACUGGGCCCUAUCGUUUAUUGUACCUGGUUUGAUCAUCAUCGGCCUUGGCAUUCUGGUCUUCUUCUUCCUAGUCACAGAUCCAACGCAUGUAGGGUGUUCUGCCCCAGACUACCAUGGCGAUCUGGUGGGCGGUCGUCGAACGAUGAAGCCUGUGUUUGCUUCUUCACAUACCAAACGUGAUGUCAUCACAACACCUGAGGUGGUAGAUGAUGAAAACUACUCUGAAGAAGAGUCACUGCUGGUUCCCAACCAUAACAUGGACAGCCUGAAUGCAAUACCAGACAGCAGUUUAGAUGAUUUAGCACCUAUUAGCUUUAUGCGGGCAUUGCGCAUACAGGGUGUCAUUGAGUAUUCGCUGUGCCUCUUCCAAGUGAAACUGGUUGGCUAUACGUUACUGUACUGGCUGCCUAUGUACAUUCAGAAUACUGCUGGUUACAGUGCAUCUGAGUCGGCUGAUCUAUCUACCUUUUUUGACAUUGGAGGCAUUGUUG